AUGUUUAAAACUGAGAUCUACUCGCCUGAGGGCUUACGUUUGGAUGGGCGUCGCUGGAACGAAUUGCGGCGGUUCGAAUGCUCUAUCAAUACACAUCCCACUGCGGCGGAUGGCUCAUCGUACCUGGAGCAGGGGAAUAACAAGCUCAUAACGCUGGUUACUGGACCCCAUGAGCCAGCAUUACGCUCGCAGGUGAACCCUAGUAAGGCCACGCUAACUGUCACCGUGAAUAUGACCAAAUUCGCCGCGGCGGAGAGAAGCAAAACUGGACACAAGAAUGAAAGACGCAUCCUAGAAAUGCAAACAGCCUUGGUACGUACUUUUGAGAAGAACGUAAUGCUGCAACUGUAUCCACGGACAGCCAUCGAUGUGCAGGUUCAUGUACUGCAGAAUGACGGAGGAGUGUUAGGCUCGAUGAUCAAUGGUAUCACACUUGCUCUAAUAGACGCAGGAAUUGCCAUGUAUGAGUAUAUCAGUGGUAUUUCUGUCGGACUCUAUGAUACCACGCCACUCCUGGACUUAAAUAGACUAGAAGAACAGGCCAUGAGCUGUUUUACCCUGGGUGUGGUGGGCAAGUCCGAGAAGCUUUCUCUACUGCUGGUUGAGGAUAAGGUACCGCUGGAUAGGCUAGAGAGUGUAAUGUCACUUGGAAUUGCAGGCACACACAGGGUACGGGAUAUGAUGGACAAGGUCCUGAGGCAGCAUGGUAAGAUAAGAUUAGAAAACAGUGUAGCAAAUUAA